AUGCCCCAAUCAGAAAUGACAUCGCCUGGGGAUGGUGGAGGGUUGUGUUGUUGUCUUGGAUCGAGCAGAGAAAAGGCUCAUGAUCAACCGGUUACUCUCAUUAAAAGUGAACCAAUCACUUCUCAACCAAACAGCAAUUCCUUAGCCAGUCCUGGAGAACCACCAAUGAACGGGAUUCGAACGAAAACCGCUGAGCGAAGUAUCGAUGGUUUUGAGGAGGUUUCUCUGGAGAUGAAGACACUGCAACAAGCUCUCCCGGAUACAAAAUCAAAGGAUACACAGAAUAAAGACACUUUUAAUAUUACUGAUAUGCAAAUGGAUGCCUUGUGUACGGAAGAGGAGAGCGGCGAGCAGAUUGUUGAGGAUGAGCCCGAUAUCUCAGCAAAUGUUAUUGAAGAGGUUGAUGAGGCUGAGCUGAACCGUUUAACACAUAAAGGAUUCCCAUCAGUGACACGAGACGAACAAAAGAGUGCCGAUCAAGCGGAUGAUGAAUUGACUUUCAAGCAGAUGAUGGCUGAGGAUUACGAAAGGAGAAAGAAAGAGUUGCUCAAAGAGAUCGAGUCAGCUGAAGAGCAAGAGAGAGAAGAAAAAGAAGAACAAGAAAAUGACAGUAAUCGCUCGUUCUUGAAUCUCGAAUUGGAGAGUGAUAAAGGAUCUGAGGCAAGAGUUCAUGCAUCGCCGAGUAUUCAUCGAGUGGAGAUGGCACAGAAAAAUGAAGAUCAACCAUCAACAUCUCAUGAAGAUUCGGAUCGAGAGGGAAAAGAGGGAAUGAGACGGAAACGGAGUGUCGAAGAUGAGAAGCGAGAAAUCGAACGUAAUCGAGUUGAGCAAGAGUUGAUGAACGAGAUUGAGACGCUGGAUUUGGAGGAAGUUAUCGAUGAAGAUCACAAAUGGGAAGAAAAGAAGCAAUUAUCGGAAAGAGAGCUGAAAAAAACGGAUGAACAGUUUAGAGAGGUGGUACCUCAACUGUCAGCAAGGUCCGGUAAUGAGACAGAUGUCGAAAGUGAUGACGAGGAUGAUGAAGAAGAGAUUAUGAUUGAUCGACAUACAGAAACUCUCCCUGUCCAUCGAGUGCCCGUUAGUCAGAUGUAUUCAAAAAUGAGUGAAUCCGAUGAUGAGAGUGAUGAUGAAGAAGAUAGAGAGGUUAUCGUGCCUCCGCCGAGGAAAAUUCAUCAACAAAAGGAUACGGAAAUUGUGGCCAGUUCAGAUGAGGAUAGUGGCAAUGGGAAUACAAGACCGGACAGCUCUUCGGAGAAAGAAAAUGCCACUCACUCGGAUUCUCCUCAAAUCAAUGAUCAUCACAUUACUCGAGUCUCCCUAAAGAGUAACGGCACUUCAACGGUUGUCGUUGACGGGGAUACGGGUGGAGUGAGAGUUUCACUCGAUCAUCCACCCAAUCAAAAAUCGUUGGAACACCAAUUGACUGAUGAUGAGUUCAGUGAGAAAUUGAUC